CUCGAAGUUUCUGAGCGCGGUGAUCACGCUGGUGGAAGACUUUCGCUUGACCAUGAUCAAAGUCAAGUGACGGAAAGUCAGAUAUACUUCUUUCUCACCUAUGCUAUGUUUUCAACACUAGGGCUGUUUGCUAACCUUCAAUGCCCUCAACGAGACUCAUGCACACGUCCAAAUUGUCUAUUCUCUCACAACGCCUCCUCGGAUUUGCCUCCACCAAUAACUUUGCGAAUUCCAGUCGAUGAACCCAAGGUCGCCUCUACCAGCUCACUUCCCAGCCCAGUUUCCCAGGCUGAACAAGUAAAGACUGUAGGUGCCAAACGUACCGUCAACUCUUCGCCUCUUAGAGCGACUGGAAGUCCAACUCUUACGCCAAAUGAACCACCCAGAAAGCUUCAGAAGCUGAAUCCGCCCCAGAAACGCGUGGUACAAACAUCAACUCCUGCAGGAGUUCCGAUACUUCAAGUCACUCCAGCUACUUCAGCCGUUGCUAUCCCUGUGCGCCAAGCCAUGCUCAAAACGCUAUAUGAUCAUUUCUUGGUCUUGUACGACAAGAUCUUGAUUUCCCAUCCAAACCUUGCCUCAGAACACGCUCUAAAGCAAGAGCAAGAGGUUUACGCGGCGUCGAACAAGUUCACUUAUCGUAACGCAGUAAUACAAUCCGUCGCUGCCAUCAAACGACGAGUUCCUCCUACCUCCAUAUCUGAUUCUUCAGUUGGCACGGAAGCUGAUCUUACUGCUCGCGCGGAAGCAAAGAAGUCUAUAACUGAACUACGCAUAACCUCGGCGCUUCUCGAACCACAUGUAGUCCCUCUGGAUAUUCUUCAAAGUUGGGGGUAUGUCGUGGAGAUCCCUCCAACGCCUGGGGGCUUGCAGCCUAGCAUGGAGGGUAAACCUGUCAAGUGUGAACGAUGUGGUGAAUUAUUUGUCGUACGUAGACUCGAAGAGAAAGAUCCAGGCAGGCAGGAAUGUUUACACCAUUGGGGAAGACAUUACAACCAAGUAUCUAAUGGUGAAAGGACUCGAGUGUACAAUUGUUGCUCCAAAGACGUCUCCGACAAAGGUUGUGUACAUGGUCCCCAUGUGUUUUAUGAAUCAGAUCCAGAUACCCUUCAUUUGCGACAUGCAUUUUCGGAAUUGGCGACACCGGUCUCGACCUCUUCUUCAGAAUUACUAGACGUCGUUGCUCUGGACUGCGAGAUGAUUUACACAACUGGUGGUAUGCGGGUUGCACGCGUUUCCGUCGUUGACGGUUCUGCAAAGCCCGUUUUCGAUGAGCUAGUUAGAAUGGAUGAUGGAGUGGGGAUAUUGGACUUCAAUACGCGUUUCUCUGGUAUUACGCCAGAAAUGCAUGCAGAGCGUGCCAUAUUACCCUUGUCAUCGAUACGGAAGUCUCUGGACUCGCUGAUUGGGAAGGAUACCAUCCUAAUAGGACAUGCAUUGGAGAACGACUUGAAAACAUUAAGGCUAGUUCACCAUCGAUGUGUAGAUACUGUGUUUUUAUAUCCACAUCCCCGCGGUGCCCCUUAUCGGCGAGCUUUGCGAGAUCUAGCGCGAGAACAUCUGAAUUCGACGAUACAGGAGGGAGGUGGAUCUAGUGGUCAUUCGUCACUUGAGGAUGCCAUUGCCACAUUGGACUUGGUGCGCUUGUAUCUUAUCAACGACAGGAAACUUUCGAGAGGAGCUCCUUCCUCCUCAUCUACAUCUGUGUCAGCCACAACUUCGACAUCCACGGUUCGUCCUAACCUCAAUAAAACACGACAAAAAGUCACGUCUGUUUCUGGUUUUAUGAAACGUCGUCAUACUUGAUACACAUGUCGCUUGUCUUUCUAUCUGCUCGCGCUUGCUAUUUUCCAUUUGAGCAUACCAACAAUCAGUCCAUUAUUAACCCAGUCGGUUACUUGUGCUCGGGAAUCAAGCAGAACCACAUUUCACAAAAUUGUAGCAAGAGUUUUUGGCUUGUCGGUGUACAUUCUUAUUACAGUACUUGUCACAAAUGUAAGAAAUGUUAACAUUCAA